AUGAGUAAACAGUCCUGUAGAAGUGAUUUCAUCUCGGAUGGGUCGUCCAGUGAUGGGGAAGACAUACCCCAGAUCAGAAGCUUGUGGCAGCGUGUGGCCCAGAAGAAGCUUGGUGAUAGUGGCAUUGUUUUCACACAGUCCAUGGGGACCUUGGGUGGCCUUUCCGUGGAUAAUGGUUAUGCGGAAUCUAGGAUUAUGGAAAUUCAGGGUCCUGAGACAUGUCAAGCAACUGUCAGUGUGGAGGGAAAUAAGAAGAAGAAGAGGUCUAGAGAAGAAAUUGAAGAAAAUAGAAAACUCGCUCAGACUAAGAAGGAGGAAAGGGAGAGGAAGAAGCAGGAAAAGGAGGCAGAGAAGGACAUGAGGAGGCUGGAGAGGGAGGCAAAGAAGACAUACAGUCUUAACUCCUGUCUACAGUUCAUCAAGGUUUUGGUAGAUACCCGCAUUGUGAAUUCAUGUGGUCUCGGGACAGCGAUCUUUAAGGUCUGUGAGGAAUUAGGUGUGGCGUGUGAGACUCAGGAACUCACGGUGCCAUUCACUGUCGUAUGGAAGCGCAAGGUGACGAGCGCAAAUUUUGGUGAUGACAUGAAGGUGGAAACAGUGCUCACAGAGAUUGAGGAGAAUGAAGUGAUCACCAUCAUACCUGUAGCUGAUUUUGUGCAGAUGGUUGAGACAUUCAAACAGCGCCAGCGAGGUUUAGAUCCUGGAGGCUGUGUGAACCUGAGGGACUAUGUGACCCAUGUCCAGUCUGUGCUUGUGGGUAAAAACAUCACAGUUGUAGUGCCAGGCAUGGAACAGUACUUCAGGGACCUGAAAACCCAGACAAACCGUGAGUUUAAGAAAGCAGUCCAGCCAGACACUGGAAAGCGUGUCAAGAAGCUUGGCCCUCUCACAUCAGUGUCACGUCUGGACGUGGAGGAAGCACUGACCGACCUGCUGCUGCAGACAGACUCUACGACCUUCAUGCUGGAGAGCCCCGAGGAUGUUGCCGACCUGGUCAGGCGCUUCAGCAAGGCAGUGGCAGAGCGACCCGCCAAAAAGGACCGUUAUGACCCAAUAUUCUCGUUCCACGAAGAAGGGGCGGGUGGAGUCAAAGUGGACAAGAAUGGCAACGGUCUCCUGAAGGUUUGGAAACACCAACUUCUACAGUUCAAGAACGUCAGUCCGGAUGUGGCGCAGGCCAUAAUUGCAGAGUACCCAAGUCCAUAUUUACUCAGACAGGCCUAUAGCCAGUGUGCCAGUGAGAAGGAAGCCAUUAGCCUCUUGGAGAACAUUGUAGUCCGUAGAGGGGCGGGGGUCUUGGAGACAACAAGGCGAGUGGGGAAGGAAUUGGCACGGAGAUUCUAUAUACUGUUUACCUGUGAGGAUCCAGACUUUGUUAUUAAGUGAUACAAAUAGCCAUGGAGAUUCUAUUUAUAUUGUCAGAAUGAGGAAAUCUUAUAGUGUCAUACUUGUUUGCUGUCAAAAUGCUAUAAGCAACAUUGAAGUGACCCUCAUAGUGGGAACAUGGGUAUGUUGCAGUAUGUGAUCAGCAUAACAUUAGACCAGCCAGCACUGUCGCACAGUCUGGCCAAGAGCUAACCCUGUCCAUCAUGAAGUCAGGCAUGGUGUUUUGGUGUCAUUAGAAGAUCUCUGACUCGUCAUAGUAUAUGGAUGCAGGGCAAAUCUGGAGCCACUCUGUUCUGAUAUGCUUUAAGACCCAAGUGACAGAUAUAAAUGUCAUGUAACUGCUGCUGCGAUUAUAUGAUCCAAUAAUACUUUGGCAUGUGAAGUUUAUUGUUAAUGGGAAAUAAUGUUCAAUCUAUUCAAUAAGAUGCCAAUGUCUUAGUAUUAUUAAGUAUAUAUCACAUAUUUGUUAUGAAAUCAAUAGUGGGAUGUAUUUGAUAGGAAAGUAGUCAUGAACAGUUGGUUUGGUUUAUUUGUGUAAGCAAAAUGGCUUCAAUUCUUGUAACCAAUAGUCUGCUGGUGACACGUGUAGCGAAGAAGUCUAUCUUGCUGUUCUAGUCAUUUGUCUGUUUUAUAAACAGUGUUAUAAAUUUUUUAGAGCUUUUUAAAUAAAAUGUAAACAUCUG